AUGAAGACUUCUACCGUCGCCACCACCUUUGCCCUCGCGGCUUCGGUUUCCGCCCAGAACCUCAUCAGCCUGCCCGUCAACCUCUGCGCUGGCAUUCUCGGCGAAGCUUCUUGCAACCAGUUGAACAGCAACACCAACUCCGAUGGAUUGAUCAACAUUCCUGUGGAUGCCUGUGCCGCAGUUCUCGGCCAGGCCAAGUGUAACCAGGCCCAGCAGGCUUCUACUUCCUCUGCUGCUUCCUCUUCUGCUUCUUCUAAGGAUCUCAUCAGCGUCCCCAUCGGUCUCUGCGCUGGCAUUCUCGGCAAAGCUUCUUGCAACCAGGCAAGCAGCGACAGCAGCUCCGGUGGAUUGAUCAACGUGCCCUUGAACGCCUGUGUCGCAGCUCUCGGCCAGGUCAAGUGUGACCAGGCCCACCAAGCUUCCAGCGACCAGGGCUCUCUUAUCAACGUUCCUAUCAACGUCUGCUUGGCUGUCUUGGGCGAGGCCCACUGCCAGCAGUCGAGCAGCAGCUCCGGCGGCCUCAUCAACAUCCCCAUCAAUCUUUGCCUUGCUGUCCUGGGUGAGGCUGACUGCAACUCGACUGGCGAUGAUGGCAACACUGCCACUGCUACCGCUACUGCCACUGCCACCGGUACUGCUACUGCUACUGCUACCGCUACCGCUACCGCUACUGCCACUGGUACUGCUCCUGGUAUUGCCACCGGCACUGCUACUGCCACUGCUACUGCUACUGGUACCGCCACUGGCAUUGCUACUGGCACUGCUACUGGUGCUGUUACCGGCACCGCUACUGGCACAGGUGCCUCAAUUCCCAACGGUCCUGCCUCUGGCACUCCUACCGGUGUUGCUAUCGGAACCGGUAACCCUGGUCCUAACGGCCCUGCCACCACUGGCAUCCCACCCAACGCCCCUGGAUCCAGCUCUGUCGCAGUAUCCGGUUCCUCCACCCUCGUGGUCAGCUACACCAGCGUCGUUACUGUCUGCCCAUGUGAGGCCAGCUCGACCUUGGUCCCAACCCCCAAGCCUAACGGCCCAGCUCAACCUAACGGCCCAGCUCAGCCCACUGGAGUUGUCCCUAGACCCUCGACUGUGCCCCCCAGCACUCCACCGGCUCCUUUCGUCGGUGCUGCUGGCCGCUUUGAGAUGUCCGCCUUGACCGUGGUCAUUGGUGCCGCUGCUGCUCUCGCAUUCAACCUUUAA